AUGUACAAACUGGUUGUAUUCGCUGCCUUCUUGGCCGUAGCUGCUGCUGCCCCUGGCCUUUAUGGUGCUCCCGUUGCUGCAGCACCUUGGGCUGCUCCAUGGGGCCACGGUAUUGUAGGAGCUCCCUUAAUUAGCACCGGAGUGGUCAAAACAGCUGUUCCUGUUGCCACCUCUUAUUCUAACUCCGUCAGGAUUGCUUCUCCAGCUGUAGUAGCUGCGCAUGCGCCAAUCGUCGCUGCUCACGCUCCCAUCAUCGCAGCACCUGCUUUUGCCCACGGGUGGUAA